CUCUGACAAAUGGAUUGAAAACGUGCUUCUCAUGGUGAAGAACAGCAUGUCAAAAGCCAAGAAUGUGAUUGACACUUACUUCUCACUGAGGACAAUCCACCCCACACUCUUCCAAGGCCGAGAUCCAAGUUUGCCUGCCAUGAAACGCAGCUUUGAAGAUGUCCAUAUAGUGAUUCUGCCCGGCCUAACAAAAGAGGGCAACCGUGUAAUACUGAUGCGCAUCAAUAACCCGGACCCGGAUGACUAUGACCUUGAAGCACACAUGAAGAGAUCACUCAUGCUGAUGGAGAUCUACCUUCGCGACGGAGUCGACUUCACUGGUCUUCAAGUCGUCCAUGAUUUCAAGAACUUCAAACUGGGUCACCUGACACAUUUUAACCUGCAGCUGUUGAAGAUGAUGUCCACUGGAAUGAAAGGUUACCAAUUCAGACUGCCAAAAACCAUAAUGAUGAAUGCGCCAUCUCACAUUGACACACUUAUGACUGUAUGCAGACCUUUCAUCAAUGCCAAAGUUAUGGCGAGGGUUAAAAUAAUCAAAGACCAACUGAAACUUGCUGAGGAGCUACCUCCUGAGAUGGUCCCUGUUGAAUAUGGUGGCACGGCUCCAAGUGUUGAAGAACUGAACAAUCAGUGGCGUGAAAUCCUGAUGAAAAAUCGUCCCUACCUGGCUGUAGUCGACUCUUUAAAGACAAACGAGAGCUUGAGGCUGGAAAAGAAAUUCAUCCAAACCGAAUUUGGAGGAGAAAAUGGCUCAUUUAGGAAAUUGGCAGUCGACUAAAACUACAAAAAA